GGCAUGACACACACAAUGUGUAAAAAAUUAACACAUCAUUUUUUGCAGUGCAUGGUACAGCCUGUGUAUAUGAUCUGUGACAAUGCCUCAGAAAAAUUUGCAAAAAAUGUCAUGACUAUCCCAGGGAACUUUGUGAGAUCAUGUUGGCUCUUCAGCUUCUGUUUUGCUGUCUGUUGCUAAACAUUGAGUUAAAACGUACACAUUUUUGUUUACACACUGAACAUUUAGUGUUUGGCUUUAGAGCACAGUUGUUUUAUCCCACAAAAGGGAAGUUAAUUUCUAUAUAUGUAUUCUGACAUGGUCAUUUACCACCAGAGACAGAGAGACAACAUCAAAGGUGGAACAAUAACAACAGAAGAAGUUUAAACUUGAGCUGUAGAAAAAUCAUUGCGAAAUUGAAAAAGAUGAUUCUUCUGUUCUCCUUCUUCCUAUUGCUUAUAAAGACUUUGUGUGUAUUUUCUUGGCUUGCUGGAAAAUGUGUCGUGCUCAAUGAUGUGGAAGAAUUGAACCCUCCUACAUACUGUAAAGGAAAAACAAACACUGCCUUCUGCAGUCGUGUCACGAAUAUUAAAGAGGACCUCCGCGGACUUCCAUCAAAUUUACUGAACCUCUGCAUUCAGAUGGAUCAUGAUAAGAAGAAUAUUGGUGUCUUGGAUCCAGGCUCAUUGUCACGCUUCUCUUCUCUGGAAUACCUUGAAAUCGAUGGAUGUUUUACCAAGAUCUCUUUUGAAGGUUUACCCAGAUUUUUAAAUUUAACUUCAUUACAAUUGUCUGUCUUUACAGAAAGCUGUUGUGAUGCAGCUGUUGAUUUCAGUGGCCUUCCUUCAUUGAAAAGUUUGCAUCUUUCAAAAUAUAGUUUGUCAUUAAUGGCACCAAAUGUGUUUGAUACAAUUCCUCAGUUAGAGAAAUUGCACAUGCAUCAUAUGUGUUUGAAAGAUUUAUCUGAGAUUUUGUGUCGUCUGAAUAAUUUAAAAUCGCUAAGUGUGUUUUUCCUCAUUGAUGAAUCUUUAAAGAGUCUUCAAUUUCCAAACUGCUCCAUUUACAACUUCUCUAACAGUAACAUAUCUACUGUAUACAAUAUUGAAGAGGUACAUUUGAUUUUGGCAUCGGUAGAGCACAUAGGAGAAGGGGCUUUGAAAGUUUUUGGAAGUUUAUAUGAACUGACAUGGUUUGAUGAUUUUACAUCAGAUAUCCUCAGAAAUCUUUUUGUGCUUGGAGUGAAAAAAAUUUAUUGGUUGAAUUUCUAUGUGGAUGUACUGAACAUUGAUGAGUUGUGUUACGCAGCAAAGUUAUAUUCUAUUAAAUCUGUAUCUGUGCAUUACCGGACUGUUAACUUGACAGCUAUGUCGACAAAUAUCUCUGAAGGCUGUAAGGAGAUUGUAGACAUUACUCUAAAACGAGAGACAAUAUCUAAAAUUGUAAACCCUUUAGAUGUAGAUUUGAUUUUUCAGAUUUUUAGCAACCUCUCAAUAUUUAGUACAAUUCAAAAUGUGUUCAGAUCAAAUGAUUUUAAAUCUCUUUGUUUGUCCAAUCCAAAGUUAGUCAGACAGCUGUCUAUUAUGACGUUAAACUCAAAUGACAUAGAUAAAAUCAUUUCUCAGCAGUUUAUGUGUUUCAUAAAUCUUGAAAUUUUGAAAUUAAUUAAAUGCAAUAUUUCUAGCAUAGAAGAUUUUGCUUUUAUUGGAUUAGACAAUCUGAAAGAUUUAAACCUAUCUGGCAACAAGUUAUCUUACAUUUAUCAAUACACAUUCAGUGGUCUAUAUGAUCUGAUGGUCCUAGAUCUUCAAGAAAACCCAAUAAUUCAAAUUCAAUCAAAUUCAUUUGGACAUCUUAUUAAACUUGACACACUUCUUCUGGGAUAUCUAAACUUUCCACCAAACAUUUCACAGGUCACGCUGAAUUUCUCUGAUAUAUUUGGACACAUACCUUAUAAUUUGAGUAAUGUGUUUAUUAGUUCAGGCUUGAGACCAAUGCAUUUGAUCAUUGGAAAUGCUACAAUGAAUCAGAGUCUUGAUCUCCAAAUCAAAGGUCAAUAUGUGACAGUUGAGGAUUGUGACAGUCCACUCUUGACAUCUGUAGUCACACUUCAAAUUAAUGCAGAAUAUAUCAUCUGUGGAAAGGAGUUUAUUGGGAAAUAUGUUAAAUCAGUUGUUCAUUUGGAAUUCAUAUCACAGUUUUCAGACAACAUCGGUGACUUAUCAGUAAUAAAUCAGCUUGUUCAUUUAAAAACCUUAAAGCUGAAAAGCAUUGAUUUGUCAAAACAGCCAAAUGUUCCAAUAAUGUUUCACAAUUUGACAAAAUUACAAACCCUGAUGUUGAUAAACUGCAAACUUUUCUUUUUGGAUGCAAGUCUGACAAAGGACCUAAAGGCACUGACCGGUUUAAUGUUUAUGCCACAAAAUGAUGUGACAAUUCUUCAAAACUUUGUUGAACAUCUCACUAGUUUAAAGUUGCUCUAUCUCAUCGGGUUGCAAUUGCAAUGCAUUUGUGAUGACGCUUGGCUGAUCUCAUGGGUGAAGACCAACAGGCAGGUACAGGUUGUUAUGAAAAUGCCCACCAUGGAGGAACUGCAGUGUUUAACUUAUAACGGAGUUGACCAUCUGAACUUUAUUCAUUACAUCGAGGAGAACUGUUCAUUUGAUAUUGAAUUUGUGCUCUUUGCCUCAACUUCAGUUUUUUUAUAUUUGUUUAUUUUUGUAGUGUUGUCAUAUCAGCUUGCAGGACAAUACAUAAUGCCGUUCUAUUACAUUGCCAUUGGAUGGUUCAGAGAGGCUUUGCGUAUGGAUGCCAAACGCCAGUACCGCUAUGAUGUUUUUGUUUCCUACAGCAGUAAGGAUGAGCGCUGGGUAAUGGAAAAACUUCUUCCUAACUUAGAGAAGCGUGGCCCUCCAUUCUUGCGUCUCUGUUUGCACAGUCGUGACUUUCAGUUGGGUCAAGACAUUGUUGAAAACAUCACAGACAGCAUUUAUGCAAGCCGCCGAACUCUUUGUCUUGUCAGCCGUAACUACCUCCGCAGCACCUGGUGUUCUUUGGAGAUGCGGUUGGGCACCUACCGGCUCCAGGUAGAGAAGAAGGACAUUCUUAUCCUGGUCUUCUUAGAAAAAAUCCCAUCUUGCUUGCUAUCCUACCAUCACAGGUUGGCCAGGCUGGUUAAAACUAGAACCUACCUGGACUGGCCAAUGGACAUUGAGAUGCAUGAGGAAUUUUGGGACAGGUUGUGGUGUAAACUGAGCUCUGAUUAAAGUAACUAGACCUCAUGUCAAAACCACAUCAUGGCAGGCACGCUAGAGUCCUUAACUUAAAUAUUUUUUGGGGGAAAUGCCACCGAAGCUGUUUCACACUUUUACAGUAUACUAUAGGUUAAGUGUACCUAUUUCAUUGCUAAAAACAACAAAAAUGUUAAAUCAUAGAUUUUUGGUCAUCAUCUGUGUGGUCUUUCACAUAAAAAAAUCUGAUUCACUAGUUUGUCUGCUUAUUCAGUUUUAAUAAGGGUAAACGAACUUGGCUUGCUGUCCUCAAAGGGAGCUCUGAACUCCAAGUCUGGGGCUCGAACUCCAAGUUUAAACCCCCCUAAAAGCUGAGGCACAGUAUUCUCCAUUUCAAUUUAAGUGUAAGCACCAACCUCUAAUUUUAGUCUUUAUCCUGAAUCCAUAUGAUUACUGACACAUUCAGAAUAUGUCUAAUGUUACAAUUUAUUAUUUCAGGUAGGUUUAAGCUUUAAACAUCAAUUGAAAUAGACAAAAGAGAACAUUGUGAAUAGUGUGAAUGUUUUAAUUCAAAUUUUUGAUUAAAGGCAGAGUCCACGAUGUUUAAAAAACGCUUUGGAAAAGGAGACGGGCCGACUACCAAAACACACUUAUAGCCAAUCAGCAGUAAGGAGCGUGUCUACUAACCGACAUCCUUGCCGGGUUGCGUAUGUGUGGGGCGGGUCUAUCAACAGAAGGUUCAGAUUCUAUUGGGGUAGGGGCGUGUUUGUUUAGCCGAUUUCAAAUAUCAACAUUGGCUUUCAAACAUUGUGGACUCCACCUUUAAUAGUUGCAAAAGUUACAAAAUCAUACCUGGAAAUAGACACUCUGGCUACAUGUACUUCCAUAAUGA